AAAUAAAUGGCCUUUUACGGUUUAGGAAGUCACAAGGCAGUGCCUCUAUUUGUAUUUUUACUUUUAUCUUUUUCUGUUCAGGGAUGGACAACCUUGCAAAUGACUAAAGAAUCUUCAAUGUUGAAUGGAGGACGAAUGAUGUCUGCAAGGACCGUUAUGGGUAUCUUAUCUGAAAUAUGGCCUCCAUCUGCCGGUCAAGUCGGGAAGAUUAAAUCGAUCAGUGAUAGAGAUGUUGAAGGAACAGUCUUUGAUUUGCCAGAUGAUGUUGCAAAAGAGCUUCUUUUGAAGAAGAUACAACCAGGUUAUACGAUAUCAGCAAUCACCGAGUCUUCAUAGGUCAUGUUUUCAAGAGCAGGCAGAAGCUGUUGGAUUAUUGGUUGUUCAAUAGAACACUGGAUAGCUUGAUUGUUGUCAGGUGUGAUAGUUGCGCUGAGAUGGAGAGAGUAUUUGUAAUUGAUAUCUUUAUCACAUAUUGUGCAAUGGGUAGUUUCUUCUUCAAGCAUUCCGUAGUCGUCGAACUUGUAGUUGCAUUUGGGGCAAUAUGCAUGAAAUGGAUUGGAAAAAGGAUUUAUUACUUUUAAGAUCCCAUGAACCUACAAGAUAAGUUUAACUGUUAGCAAGAGGAAAAAAUAUUAUUAUAA